GUGUCUGUCAAAUUUCAGAGCCAGAACGGAAUUAUCAUUGUUUUUACCUUCUUUGUGCAGCACCACCAGAGGCAGGUUUUUCACUGGAUCUUCUUUCAUAUUGCUCAUCCCUUUUAUGAAAAACUCUUAAAUUUAUAGUCAAAACAUUAUUUUUAAUAGUCUUCAAAUCUCACAGGAAGUUGCGAAAUACAAGUUGGGAGAUCCUAAAUCAUUUCACUAUCUUAACCAAUCAAAUUGCUAUGACCUCGUUUGUAUAAGUGAUGCUCAUGAUUAUCUUGCCACUAGGAGAGCUAUGGAUAUUGUCGGAAUCAGUCAGAAAGAUCAAGUAUAGCCUUUGUAUUCAAAAAUGUGUUUGCCAUAUUUCCACAUUUUUUUUAAUAGAGUAAAAUUGGAAAAACUUCUCUGUUUCUGUCAGGAUGCAAUUUUCAGAGUUGUGGCUGCAAUUCUUCAUCUUGGUAAUGUUGAAUUUACUAAGGGGAAAGAAAUUGAUUCUUCUGUUUUAAAAUAUGACAAAUCCAAAUUCCAUCUUCAAACGGCAGCAGACCUUCUCAUGUGUGAUCUUGGUGCAUUGGAAGAUGCACUGCUAAAGCGUGUAAUGAUCACCCCAGAAGAAGUUAUCAGGAGAAGUCUUGAUCCUGUUCAAGCAACAGUUAGCAGGGAUGGUUUAGCUAAGACAAUAUAUUACCGUUUGUUUGACUGGUUAGUUGAUACAGUUAAUGUUUCAAUUGGACAAGAUCCUAACUUGAAUGAUAUACAGUUAGCAGGGAUGUUUCAAUUUUAGUUGAUACUGAUUUUUGUAUUAAUUUCACAAAUGAGAAGCUGCAGCAACAUUUCAACCAGCAUGUGUUCAAGAUGGAGCAAGAAGAGUACACAAUAGAGGAGAUCAACUGGAGCUAUAUAGAAUUUGUUGACAAUCAAGAUGUCCUGGAUCUUAUUGAAAAGGUUCACCUCUUUAGUCUAGUAUUUUUUUUUUUGUCAUUUAAUGAUUGCAUGUACUUGUGUUUUUUUGGCUAUAUUUAUUCUUUGGUAAUCUUGCAUACUUUGGGCCUAGCUUAUAAGCAAGGAACUUUAGCUAGAUGGGGUAUUUACUUCCUGCUAAAGUGAAAGUACUUAGUGAGGUUUCCAUCCAGUUCUAGUGUUUCCAGAGAUACAAGCAUACUUGAAGACAACUUGGCUAAGAUGUCUAUUCUUCAUCAAAUUGGUAGGCAACAUAAAAUAUAUUUGUAUG